CCUGAUCUGUUUAUUUAUGACAGUGCCCAUUUGGUGCUCCAGAGGAAUCUCUCUGUUUGUAACACCAAAUGGACAUCAUUUAGAUUAACUAAAACAGCUUUCACUGGGCGAAGUUAAAUGCAAAUCUGAGUCUCCCUCUGACCAACUCAGGCUUUUACAAGGAGCCAAGCUAGCGAUGGAUCCCCAGGACUGUCCUUGUGCUACCAGUGGCACAUGUGGUUGUACUGGCAGUUGCAAAUGCAAAAAUUGUAGAUGUGUAUCUUUCAAAAAAAGCUGCUGCUCCUGUUGCCCAGCUGGAUGCAAUAAUUGUGCCAAGGGCUGUGUCUGCAAAGAGCCAGCAUCCAAGAAAUGCAGCUGCUGUCACUGAAAUGGACAUCUUCUGUGCUCCUGUGAAUAUUUGUAUGUAAAAAAGUGGUGUUUCUGCACUGAUGAUUGUUGUACAACUAUGAGUGUGAGGAAUGAAAAUAAAGGCUUUACUUGAGAAAAAAAAAUCACUCCUACUCAGCCAGUGUAACUCCAGAUCUGAAGUACCCACCCACUCCAGGCUUGAAAUCCAACAUACAUCCCUAAUUCUGUCAAAGCACCUCUGUGCUGCACUUCAGUUUCAUUUGCUGUCUCAUUUCAACCAAUAGGAUUGAGGUAUGCAAAUCAAUUGGAGGCU